UACAGUGCAAUGAAUGAUGGGUAGGAGAAGAAAAUAGGCACUAAUGGUACGAGAAAGAUAGCCUGGCCUGCCAGACUCCUCCUGUUUAAUUCACGUCAUACACGGCGAUGCUCAAUUUCUCAUAAACAACGAAGACAGCGGCGGAGUUCGCUGCGGCUCUUUCCUCUGUUCUAAAUGACACAGAUGUCUUUAAAACCACACAUAGAAGUGCUAAAAGCAUUUCUUCUAAAAAAUAAAAGAUGUUUGCACCAUUGCCAGAUGUUUUUUUUUAUACUACAACUAGAAAUGUACCGUGUCAUGUGGUACAGUCGGGAUUUCCUUCUUUUUUCUGAUUGGUCAUUUUUGAGCUUCCUAGUCCCGCCCCUCAAGUGAUCUUCCAGCUAAAAGAAAAACUCAGCAGACUGGAGACUGUCUCCAAGAUGUGUCUGCCACUCUUCAGAGCCAUUCAGGAUGGUGUCCAAAAGCACUUUGGUGAGAUGAUGGAAGACCCUGAGCUGACUGCUGCUGCAAUCCUUCUUCCAAAGUUCAAGACCACCUGGACUGAGAGGCACGAUAUCAUUGAAGCAGGUUUGAUCAAUAUGAGAAGAAACCUUGACCAGAUGGCAGAGGCUGGGGCGGAGCAAGUCAAGCAACAGUCAUCACAUCCUACACUCAUCUUUGUUUAAAAGUGCUUUUUAGUCCAUCGGUCCCAGCGUGCUCUCUAUAAUUAAUGCUUCUCUGGUCUCUGGUCAGGUCCCUGCUUACUUUAAUAAUGCUGUAAUCCACCCGCUUCUUAAAAAACCGAGUCUUGACGCCUCUUUCCAUAACAGCUUCAGACCCAUCUCCAAACUUCCGUUCAUUUCCAAGAUCUUGGAAAAGGUUGUGGCUAAACAACUCACAGCUGCUCUUGAUGAACAUAACAUCUAUGAUAGCUUCCAGUCAGGUUUUCGUAGAGCUCAUUCUACUGAAACAGCUCUUCUUAGGGCAGUAGUUCUUAACCUGGGUUCGAUCGAACCCUAGGGGUUCGGUGAGUCGGUCUCAGGGGUUCGGUGGAGCCUCUGCCGCAGAGGUCCACCCCUCAGUCUAGUCUGCAGUUAGUGGGCACAGUCAUUGAAUGCGUCCUGCUCGGAUAUUUCCUACCGGUCCGCUUUGAGGUCGCUGGUUUAUGCAGCAGAGUGCGACCUCUGUAUAUGGGCUGUAUAUGUGUCUGAGUGAGACUCCCUACAGGUACGCUUUGAGAGCGCUGGAUAAGCAGCAGAGUGAGACCUCCUUCUCAGUCGGGACCAGCGGUGUGCGUCAGUGACGUUGGGUUAGCGUGACGCCGACCCCACGUCCACCUCCAACCGCCAAAACGUGUGACUGUCGGUUUGUCGUGUGAUAUCUUACGGAAUAUUUUAAUCCAUGCUAACUAUGUCGGGCAAAAAAAGAAAGUGGUCGGACGAAUAUGUAAAACAUGGAUUUACAUGUAUCACGGAACGUGACGGGAGUCAGCGUCCCAUCUGCAUGAUUUGCAAUGCCAAGUUGAGCAACUCUAGUCUCGCACCUGCAAAACUGAAGGAACACUUCUUGAAGCUGCAUGGAGAUGGGGAAUACAAGAACACAACGCUUGCUGAAUUCAAGGUGAAGAGAGCCAGAUUCGACGAAAAGGCCACUCUGCCUGCUCUUGGAUUCGUACCCAUCAACAAACGAUCCUCACAGCAUCUUAUGAAGUUGCUUAUCUGAUCGCAAAGCAGGGCAAACCGCACACCAUUGGCGAAACACUCGUAAAACCAGCUGCGUUAAAGAUGGCGAAUCUGAUACUCGGAACAGCGGCUGAGGGUAAAUUAUCCCAAAUUCCUCUUUCAAAUGACACCAUCAGCGACAGAAUAGAGUGCAUGAGUAAAGACAUCUUGGCUCAAGUAGUCGCGGAUCUGAUUUCAAGCCCGGCAAAAUUCAGCCUUCAACUCGACGAGACCACCGACGUUUCCAAUCUAAGCCAGCUUGCCGUUUUUGUGUGCUAUGUGAAAGACGACAUGAUAAAAGAAGAGUUUUUAUUUUGUAAGCCUCUUACAACAACAACUAAGGCAGCUGAUGUGAAGAAGCUUGUGGAUGACUUCUUCAGAGACAACAACCUUUCAUGGGAUAUGGUUUCUGCAGUUUGUAUGGACGGAGCUCCAGUGAUGCUGGGAAGAAAGUCUGGUUUUGGCGCGCUAGUAAAAGCCGACGCACCGCACCGCAUUGCAUUCUGCACAGGCAUGCGUUGGCAACAAAAACCUUGCCGCCCAAAAUGGCAGAAGUAUUAAAAAUUGUAGUGGAAUGUGUGAACUAUGUGCGCAAUAGUGCUCUGAGGCACCGCAUCUUCAGUGAGCUGUGUAAAGAAAUGGGCUCUGAAUUCGAGGUACUUCUUUACCAUUCGAAUGUUCGGUGGUUAUCCCGGGGACAGGUGCUGAAUCGUGUUUUUUGCCAUGCGUGUGGAAUUAGCCCAGUUUUUGCAAGAGCACCAACAUUGUCAUGCAGAUUGCUUCAAAGAUUCUGAGUUCAUUCUCAUUUUAGCAUACAUGGCUGAUAUAUUCGCAGCUCUCAAUCAUCUAAAUCAGCAGAUGCAGGGUGGUGGAGUUAACAUAAUGGAAGCAGAAGAAAACCUGAAGGCUUUUCAAAAAAAGUUACCGUUAUGGAAACGACGAGCAGAGAACAACAACUUCGCAAACUUCCCCCUUCUGGACGACUGUGUAAGUAAGAUCGAAGAUGUGUGUGGACUUGGAGACAUAUCUGUACCCAUGGAACUGAAGCAAACAAUUGCCACACACUUAGAUGAGCUUGCGAAGUCUCUCGAUGGAUACUUCCCAACAAGACCAUCAUAUCCAGCAUGGGUGAGACAGCCGUUCACGUUUGCUAUUGAGACAGCAGAUGUCAGUGAUGAAUACCUCGACGAAAUCAUUGAACUUCAGCAGAGCCAGGUUCAACAGCAACUCUUCAGAACAACAACGCUCUCAACGUUUUGGUGUCAACAAAUGGAAAAGUAUCCAGUUAUUGCUAAGAAGGCCCUGGAUUUUUUUGUACCAUUUGUUACAACAUAUCUUUGUGAGCAAUCGUUUUUGAGGAUGCUGGACAUAAAAACUAAGAAAAGGAACAGACUUUGCUGUGAAAAUGACAUGAGACUGGCACUUUCCAAGGUGAAGCCACGCAUAUCUGAACUGGUCUCUCAAAGGCAACAGCAGAAGUCACACUGAGGUAAGUUGUUUUGAGUUCAUGCACUGUGUUGGUUUUGUUAUUUGAACAAGGUGAUAUUAAUGCACAAUUCAUUUCGUAAACCAGUAAAAAAAAAUCAUUUUAUUUUUUACUAAAGAAGGGUUCGGUGAAUGAGCAUAUGAAACUGGUGGGGUUCGGUGCCUCCAACAAGGUUAAGAACCACUGUCUUAGGGUCUCUAAUGACCUUCUGACUCACAGUGAUGCAGGGGACUGUUCUGUUCUGGUCCUGUUGGACCUGACUGCAGCCUUUGACACUGUUGACCAUCACCUGCUACUGGAGAGGCUCAGAUACUGGGUAGGCCUAUCAGGAUCUGCCUGGGGGAGGGGUCAUUCAGGGAAAAGUCAUGGGCUUGUGACUAUAACCUAAUUUAUGUUACUAGUUUGCAGUGUAACUGCCUUUGUACUUCAAUAUGCAUAUUUGUUCAUUUAAUAAAAAAACGGCCACUUUGAGAUUUAUACCCCAUUGUCUUUUUUUAACUAUUCAGAAGAGCCCGUCCUUGCAGUCAAAAAAGUAACUAAGUAACUUUUACUCUGACCACAUUUGAAAUAAGCUACUUUUUACUUUUACUUGAGUACAUUUUGAAGCAAGUAAUUUUACUUAUAAUUGAGUAAAAUUUCAUGAAAGCAAUUAUUCUUGUACUUAAGUACAACAUUUUAGUACUCUUUCCACCUCUGGUGUCCAGACACGAAGUUGAAAUGGUUAUCCAUGCCUUUAUCUCAUCCAGUCUAGAUUACUGUAACACACUUUUCACAUGUUUUAAUAAAAAAAAUCCCUUUAGUUGGUCCAGAAUUCUGCAGCGAGGCUAAAACUGGAGCAAACAGAAGAGCUCUAACUGAGUCUGUGGUAAACAGUGUUGCCAGAUCCAAAAUCCCACAAUAUCGUACAGAGAGGCUUAAAUUAUCGUUUUUCAGUCCAAUUUUUCGUACAUUAUAAAUUUGAUAACGUUCUAUAAAUGACUUCUCACUCCAAUAUAAUAUAACAAAGAAGGUGUUUUAUAUUGCCCUGUUUAAAUAAACAUCUUUAAAACCAGUAAUAUAAUGCUUAUAAACGUGCAGAGUGUGUCGGCACCACUCCGACCUCCACGCAUUGACACAAUAUGCACAUUUGCGCAGUCCUAUUUAUUUCAUUUCUACAUAGGUUAAAAGCAUGCGACAAAACAUCACAGUAGUGGAAAAAUUGACCCAAUAAAUGACAAAGCAGCCUACUCACCUAGUUGCUGAUCUCGAUCUCCUCAUCUGAUUCACUGUCUGUCGCAGCAGAAUGCCUUUAAUCACCUGUACUAAGUGGUCUGUGCUUCUCAUUGCAAUGUUGUGCUCGGCUAAAAAGCCACAUAGCUUGAUUUCAGCGUUUUUCACAUCAUUUUCAAACUUCUCUUUUUCAUUAGUUUGCUGGAGACAUUUAGGUAUAGAUGUCUGGUUUGGCACAAUGCAGUUUACCCUUUCUUUGUAGCUCCCUUUGCGUGAUUCUUGAGAACGGUGAUUUCUGAUACCAUCUGGAUGUUGCAGCAACAACAGAAAGCCUUGGUUUCGUUCCCCCUAACAGGUGCAAGCCAUCCUUUGAAAAUUGGGUCCAACUCCCACGCAGAACGAUAAACUUGUAUCCGGUGUUGCUUUGCUUUACCUUCAUCCGUCCCUUCUCUGGUAUGUCUUUUAAGAUUAGAAGCCAUUGUCUCGUCGCUCUGUCAUCCUAGAUUAGACUUAACUCGGCGCGCUCGCGGGCAAACAGCAAAAACUGGCGGGACACUGCCACAUUAUAUAACCUUACAGUUUCUCGCGAGAGUAGGCCCUAUCGAUGUGAUUGGGCUAUUUAUUGUACAGACCCAGAGUCAGUUUUUGUAAUAGACACAAUAGCAUAAACCUGUAAGCACUGAGGUGAAAUCUGACUUCAGAACAGUUUAAAAUUAUGUAAUUGACUUGGGAAAGCCACAGCAAAAGACGGUGUUACUAGAUGCAAUGUGAAAUUAUCAUACAUUUGAGGAUUUUUGAAACUAUUGAUCGUACAUCGUACAGAGCCCAAAAUUAUGGUACAAAUACGUUAAUUAUCGUACAUCUGGCAACACUGGUGGUAAAGCUCCUCCCUAUAUCACUGAACUGCUGAAGCAUUAUACUCCAACCUGAGCGCUCAGGUCCACCCACCAGAACAUUCUAGAAGUUCCAAAGAUCAGAUAUAAAAGUCGAGGUGAUCGCUCCUUCCAGGCUGAUGCACUCUGACUUUGGAAUACACUUCCUUUAUUUUUAUGUUGUAUUGCUGUCUGGACACCUUACAAUAGCAGCUUUUACUUAUAAUCAUUUUUAUUAAAGUGUGAAUUUUUUAAUUGAUAUUAUUUUCUUUUCAAAUACUUUUAAUCUUUAGUUUUUUUUGUCUUUAUUCAUUUGAUAUUUAGUUAUUAUUUUAUUAUCUUUUGAUUUUUAUGGAAAUAAACUUUACUUACAAAUAUCUCACAAACUGAAUCCUAAUGAAACUUUCAAAUGGACGUCUUCCACUUUUGUUGUCAACCAAAAUCACGAUAACUGCCACAGUUCAUUGACCUUAGAACAGGGGUGUCAAACUCAUUUUAGCUCAGGGCCACAUUGAGGGGAAUCUAGUCCCAAGUGGGCCG